GGAGCCGAGUCCGGCCAACCUCGGCAGCUGCCGAUGAGCGAACGCGGCUCUACCUUCCCCAAUCCCCCCAGCUUGCCUUGGCUGCUGCUCCCAGCCUCGGGGACCCCCGGGAUUUGGGGACACAGGGCUCUGUGAAGCCAGCGGGUGCUUGGGGCCAUGCAUUCCCACUGAAAGGAAUCAGCGGUGCUUGCAAGAAGUGCCGUGCGCUGGAUCCUGCGGGAAUUUUUUCCCCUCCCUCCUCCAGUCCGCCCCCAUCCCUCUCUUGUGCCAGGCGUGCAGGCGCUGCUCUUCAUUUCUGGGAAACCAUGGACAAGAAGCAAGAUUCCAAAGGAUCCUUGGAGCCACACAAACCAGUGAAAGGCAAGAAGAAACGGGACCUGAGGAUAACAUGUGUCCCCAUCAAACCACCCGUGGCCAACACCACGCCCCCGAGGAACUUGGACUCCAGGGCCUUCAUUACCAUUGGAGAUAAAAACUUCGAGGUGGAAGCUGAUGACCUGGUGAGCAUUUCAGAGCUGGGCCGUGGGGCCUACGGCGUGGUGGAGAAAGUGCGGCACGCGCAGAGCGGCACCAUCAUGGCCGUGAAGAGGAUUCGAGCCACUGUGAACACUCAGGAGCAGAAGAGGUUGCUGAUGGACCUGGACAUCUCCAUGAGGACAGUGGACUGCUUCUACACAGUCACCUUCUAUGGAGCCCUGUUCCGUGAGGGUGACGUGUGGAUCUGCAUGGAGCUCAUGGACACUUCCCUAGAUAAAUUCUACAAGAAAGUACUGGAGAAGAAGAAAACCAUCCCUGAAGACAUUUUGGGGAAAAUGGCUGUGUCUAUUGUACGAGCUCUAGAGCACCUGCACAGUAAACUGUCUGUAAUCCACAGAGACGUGAAACCUUCCAACGUGCUGAUCAACAAGGAAGGGCACGUGAAGAUGUGUGACUUUGGGAUCAGUGGUUACUUGGUGGACUCUGUAGCCAAGACCAUGGAUGCUGGCUGCAAACCCUACAUGGCUCCAGAAAGAAUAAACCCUGAGCUGAACCAGAAGGGCUACAACGUGAAGUCAGAUGUCUGGAGCCUUGGCAUCACAAUGAUCGAGCUGGCCAUUCUCCGCUUCCCGUACGAGUCCUGGGGGACGCCCUUCCAGCAGCUCAAGCAGGUGGUGGAGGAGCCCUCGCCCCAGCUGCCCCCUGAACGCUUCUCCAAGGAGUUCGUGGACUUCACAGCACAGUGCCUAAGGAAGAACCCAGCUGAGCGAAUGAACUAUUUAGAACUUAUGGAACACCCUUUCUUCACCUUGCACGACACCAAAGAGACUGACAUGGCCUCCUUUGUGACAGAGAUCCUCGGGGAAGACUCCUAACUGCCAGCCCCCAGCUCCCUGCAGUCCCUCCAUCCCGGCUUCCCGCAGGAGAGCCAGCGAGGACUCCAGUUCAGGGUGCUUUGCACAAAUCACAGAUCCACCUCCCCGCCCUGGGGGCAUCUCUGGCCCCAUCAAAAUCUCUUUUUCUCUUUGCCCUGAGGAAAAUAAAUCCCCCAGGAGGAGCCUUUUGAAGCCAGCACCUUCCCAGCCAAGCCAAGGACUCCGAAGGCUCAGGAGGUCCCUGAGAGGAGCAGAGGGUGCCAGGGGCCACCUCCCCUCCCCAAUACCCACAGCACAGCACAGGGGGUUGUGUUUCUUUGCUGUCAGGGGAAGACAGAGAGACCCAGUGCUGCUGUGCUUCUCCCACUCCUCUCCUGCCUGCCCAAGCCCCUUCCCUGGAGUCUGGUCUCACUUGCCUUCUCUCUGUGCCCCCAGGAGCUCAUACAGCUUUAGGGGCUCGUGGAGCUCCCUGGGCUGCUGCUCACACCAGAGGAAUGUUUCAAUGUUUUAAUGUCUGGCUCAACACCUUAAGGACCCUUUGAGGCAGCACCAGCUCGGGCAUCCCUCUCCCUCAGUCAAUGCUGCUCUCUUGAGGAGAGGGAGAAAAAGGCAUUUUUCCAUGAGCUGCAUGGGGCUUCACCCAGCAUCCAUCCCUUCCCUGGUGGGCACAAGGGGAUGCAGACACAGCAGCUGCCUGUCCUCCCUGUGGGCUGGCAGGUCACAUCCCUGCCCUGGGCAGCGCCUUCCUCAGCCCUGGCUGCCUCCAUCCCACCCUGCCUGGCUCCUGGGAAGUCUCUGCUCCAUCUGCUGUCCAGCCUGGAGCUGCUGUCAGACCUCGCACUGUGACACCGUUCCAGAGGCUGAACUCACACCCCUGGUGUCCCAAACUGUCCCCAACCCCUGCGGGUGCCAGCGAGAGCCAAAGCCCAGGGACUGGCCCGUGGCUGUUGUACAUUUGAUGUCUAUAUAUGAUGGACUUUGUGACUUUGUGUUUCCUAGGUUUGAUUAACUCGCUAUAAAUUAAAGCCCUUUCUGUGUGGGAGGAGGGAGGAGCAGUUCUCUCUCUGCUGACAAAUCCACUGUGAAAACCUGAUGUGUUUCCCCCAGCUCCCAGCCAGGGGAGCCAGGGGAGCAGGAGGGGUUUCUGGCUUCUACUGUACAUGAUCACGGAUAAAUGCACCGGCUGUGGAAUUUGGUUUUGUUUAUUUUUUUUUCUUUUUUUUUUUUUAAUAAUUGAGUUUUUCUGAAGGAUUAUUUUUUCUUUUCUAAUAUAUAUUUGUGUGUGUGUAUGUGUGCUCUAUAUAUAUUAUAUAUUUUUAAAUCAAUGAUGAAUGUGUGGAUGUCUAUGUGGCCAGCAGAUCUGGCGUCAUAACAAUUUUUCUGGCUAAAUUUGGGCAGGUGGGGAAGGGGUCACUAGAAAACACUCUGGCCUAAGAUUACUUUUCUUCUUUCUUUUUUAAAGAAAUGCAUCUAUUUUUUAACUGAAUCUUUUAAAAAUCUUAUUCCUGAAAUUCAUGCCCUGGAGGUCUGGAUUUCAGGGUGAAUUCCCAGUGUUCAGGGUGCCCCUCAGUGAAGAAUGAUGUUCCCUUAAAUUCAUUAUCCCCCCUCCUGCAGUCCAGGGUUUGAUGCUGUGCUGGGCUGGGAGCUGGGGUGCUCCACACCAUCUGUCCCCACCUGGGAAAGCUGCUCUGGGGAAAAUGGUUUUCAGCCCUUGAUGCAUCACACAGCCAAGGCUUUUCCUGUGCCAUCCCUCUGAUCCCCCUCCCUGAGUCCACAAACCCUGAGGAACCCAGCCCAGGUGGAGCUGCACAAACCCUGUGCAGCUUCACUUCAACCCUGACCCCCCAGCCCACCUCUGGAUGGAAAAUAAGGACGUGAUUGAUGUUCUCCAUGUCUCCCUCCUCCUCAUCCUGCUCUGCAAACCACCCGACACUCACCUGUACCUGCUUGGUUUGACAGCUUUGCUGCCGAGAUGUACAACUGUAAUUUUUUUUCAUAGUUGGUUACUUUGGAUUAUUUUUGUUUUGAGUUGAGCUUUUGGGUUUUCUCCUUUCUCUGUUUAAAUUCCUUUCCCCUUCCUUUAGCUCACUGUUUUUUGGUGCUUUGGGGAAUGGCGUUCAUUUUUGUAAAAAUUUUUUUUUGCAUGCUUUUUAUUUUUUUUUUUCUGCAUUUCUCCUCCUGGAGAGAGUCCUGAUUUCUGUAUUUUGGGAUAAGGGAGCAUCUGCCCAUUCAAACAGGGGAGAUGGCUCUGGGGUGGGCUUGGGCCCGUGUGGAUGAGCUGAGGCUUUGCUGAGGAGGCCAACACACCACACCUCCCUGUGCCAUCUCCUCUGCUUCAUUCUACACAGGUUUACCUGUCCAAAUCCCGUGUCCUUUCCACCUCCCUGCUCCCCUGUCCCACCUCAUUCCCUCUGCAGUGGCAGUUCCUGGGGAGAACCAGCUUGGCUUUAAGGUGGGCGAGGAUUUUGACUCACAUGGGAAGCCCCUCUCCCCUUGUAUUUUUGGGAAUGGUCUGUACUCCUCAACCCCCAUCCUUAUUUCCAAUAAAAUUCACCCUCAAACCUGA